AUGUCGGACUACAAGGUGUCCGCAGCACUGGACGUUCCGCGACGCACGUUGCGCAAUUGGAUGUCCCAAAGACACGAGAUUCUAGCAUACGAUGGUAACUUAAAGAAUAUGAAGCUUGAGCCUGGUGGAAGAUACGAGGUCUUUCCAGACCCGCCAGGACUCAUCGAGUUCAUAAACCGUGUCCGUGACAACGAGCGCGCCCUCACGACAACGCAUCUCGACUUGUCGAUCAAGGCCAACCAGCGUGAGUGGUUGAACAACUACCUUGCCACCAAGCAAGAGUCGACGUCGUAUGACUCUCUCCUCCGCCUGCUCCAGCACUUCUGCGAUCGUCACGGCUUCUCCCGUCAGCGUCCCACCAAGAACAAGGUCAAGCAAGCCGAUAUUGCGGAGGUGCAGAGCGACUUCGCCGCGGAGUUCCACCGCGAGUACAUUGCGUACGGCAAGGAGUGCGUGUACAACGUUGAUGAAACUGGCAUCUUAUACGACAUGCCUCGGUGGUCGAGACUAUGUCUCCAAGCCAUUUCUUUCCGCCUAUGUGGACGCCAACUACGCUAUGUGCCCUGA